GAUUAAUUUGUGCAAAUAUGAGUGGAAAACUUCAUGGUUGUGUUUGCUUAGUAACGGGAGCCACGCGGGGCAUUGGGAAAGGUAUCGCGGUGGAGUUGGGUCAAGCAGGAGCCAUUGUAUACAUUACUGGACGUACAUUGAAAUCUGAUAGGAAAAAUGUUGAGGGUUCUUUAGAGGAAACAGCAGAAACUAUAAAUAAUUCUAAUUGUGGAGGCAAGUGCAUACCAGUGGCUGUUGAUCAUACAGACGAUGAUCAAAUCUCCAAAUUAUUUGAUCGGAUUGAACGUGAACAACAUGGACGUCUUGAUAUUCUAGUCAAUAAUGCUUUCAGUGCUGUUGGUUUUCUGUUGAACAAUGUAGACAAGCCUUAUUACGAGAUUGAGAGUAAAUCGCCAGGUGAAGCGUGGGAUAUAGUAAACAAUGUUGGUUUAAGGAAUAAUUAUAUUUGCUCCGUUUUUGCGACAAAACUGAUGAUAAAUUAUCAGGAGAAGUUGAAAAAGGAUGGUGUUAAAGAUGAUCAUCUCAGGCCGGGACUAAUAGUAAAUGUUUCGUCAAUUGGUGCAAGGAUUUACUUUUUCAAUGCAAUUUAUGGAGCAGGUAAAGCUGCAUUGGACCGUAUGACGUGUGACAUGGCUUACGAUUUAAAGCGGACUAAUACUAAUAUAUGCAUCUUCAGUUUAUGGCCAGGUCCAGUCCGUACGGAAACUGUAGUUGCAGAAGCUACUGAUGGAACCCUGAAACUUGGCGAAAAGAUAGCUUUUCAUUAUGAUACCGCGGAAUCACCUCAGUUAUCUGGUAAAGUAAUUAUUGCGAUAGCAAACGAACAACGUGAUAAGCUACUUUCAAGAAAUGGUCAAGUCAUUCUAACUUGUGAUAUAGCUGACGAAUAUAGUAUUAAAGAAAUAGAUGGUAGAAAACCAAUUAAUUUACGUUCAUUACAAUUAGCUGUGAAAACUCAGUGUUCUUUACUUGGUUAUCUUAUCCCUGGUUUUAUUCGUAUUCCGUUGAGUUUGGUAACAUACAUUCUUCGUCGUCAAUAGAUUGAAAGUGAACAGAUUAAAAUAUACGAUUAACUAUUUAUACAGUAAACUUAUUAUUGCAUAUUUUCACCUCUACAGUGUCUAACAGUAUUUUUUCCUAAAUUGCGCUUAAUAUCAUUACUUUUUUGGAUGCUGUUUCACAAUACAUUUAAGGGUCAG